GGUUAAGACUGUUAAAGAGUCUUCUUUAAAACAAAAGAAUUAUGUUCUGUUUCUCUCUGUGACAGCCAAUUACAAACCCAUUUACUCAUUUUGUUGGUAUAAAUGUCUGUAUGCUACUAUACUUUCAUUUGAGUUUGAUAAUUUGAAAAUUUUUCCAGGGACGUUACGAUGUCUGUUCAAAAAGAAAUUUCUUCGAUGGAAGUCCCAUGUUCUUCUGGAGUUGCUGCUGAGCAAUUCAUGGCUACUGAUUGGGAUCCAUUACAUUCAGUCAGUGGCUCUACUGGUUUCUCUUCAUACAAUGUUGGCAAUUCUAAUAUCGAGAGACUCCCGAGCCUUUCGUUCUUUGGAAGUGAUAGCCUCUCAGACCUCAUGAAUUCCUUUGGAUUGCCAGAAAAUACCCAGAUGGCAAGUGUUGUUUGUCCUCAAGAAUUCCCUUCGGGUACUGAGCAUGGCGCCGAGAAAAAUCCUAAGGGGAAAAAGAGGAAAAAGUUUGUUGAAUGUGGUGCUGUACAGAAUGCAAAAACUGAACAAGAGAAAGAGACUCAAGCUGAGCCUUUGAAGAGCCAGCUUGAGAAAGAUGAGAAGAAACCGAAGAAUGAAGUCAGCCCAGGUGUAAAAGAGACCGGUAAUGGUGCUAAAGAAGAAUAUAUUCAUAUCAGAGCCAAGCGAGGGCAGGCUACCAACAGUCACAGCCUUGCAGAGAGAGUGAGAAGAGAAAAGAUCAGUGAAAGAAUGAGGCUUCUCCAAGACAUUGUUCCUGGAUGCAACAAGAUUACUGGCAAGGCAGUGAUGCUUGAUGAGAUAAUAAACUACGUGCAAUCACUCCAAAGACAAGUAGAGUUUCUAUCAAUGAAACUCGCUGCAGUGAAUCCAGAGCUCAGCUUUGAUAUCGAGCAGAUAUUUACAAAAGAAAAUCCUCAUUCAAGACAUGGGAGUUCACCAUCCCUCAAUUAUUCUCAAUUACAACCAGGAAUCACAAUUCCAAGCUUACCCAAUUCCAGGGUUCUGCUCAGGACCUCAAGCAGCCCUCAGAUUUCUCCAAUUGCUCAGAUACCGAAUUCAUGGGAUAAUGAAUUCCAGAAUGCUAUUCAGAUGGGUUUCAUACCGAAUCUUGCUCAUGAUGGAACAGAGCUGAAUCCUAAUGGUUCUAUGAAGGUGGAGUUGUGAUCGUUGAAGGAUAAUCAAUUUUAGCUUCCAGCUGACUUAGCUGGUAUUAAUAUCCUUGAUUAGAUAUUACAUUAAUGCAAGAUUUCAUAAGCAAAAAAGAAAAGAAAGUGUUGUAUAGUGCAUAAGUCUAACCAUUUGUCUUCAAAUUUUUAGAAGGAAUGGGAUGGUUGUAUUCAGAAUAUUUGCAGAGUUAUCGGUUGGUCUAGUUUGGUUGUCUUGUGUUCUAAUUGCGUGGGUGAAUGGUAUAGGGAAUUGACAUGGAGUUGAGUAAUUUGUUUGUUUCAGUGGGUUUUGUAAUUCAGAAGAACAUAAGUCCUGAUGUUGUGAUUUAGAGUGUAAUCCCAGCUGUAGUUUUGUUGUUUUCUCA